CGUCACGAAGGGAGGGCCGGUCAGGAACGAGGGAGGGCGUAGAAGUGUCAGGCGUCUAACUCAAAUAGAAAGACUUUUGCACCUGACAGGGUCAACAGGAUCAGUAACAAGACCAUUUGUGUCCUUCUGUGGCGUCGUACACCUUUAUUUUCUUCUGGAAUCUUGGUUCAGGUUUGUCUUUGGACGCAGACCUGGUUAAUUCAAGCAAAAUGCCUCUCGCUAAAGACCUGCUGUAUCCGUCCUCUGCGGAAGAAAGGAGAAAGCACAAGAAAAAGAGGCUGGUCCAGAAUCCUAACUCCUACUUCAUGGAUGUCAAGUGUAUGGGGUGCUACAAGAUCACCACCAUCUUCAGUCAUUCCCACACCGUGGUGCCGUGCUCGGGGUGUUCACUGGUUCUCUGUCAGCCCAGAGGAGGCAAAUGCAGACUAACCGCAGGAUGUGCUUUCAGAAGGAAAUUCUCCUAAAUGACCUGCUUCACCGGAGCCAACAUCAAACGUCAUGGAUCAAUGAGAAACGUUUCUCUCAUGGAUUUGGUCCCUCAAAGAAACAUUCCAAGAAGAUGUUUGCAUUAAUAGAAACCAUUUAGAAAGUCAACCAAGGGGUGAAGCAUUUGGUCAGUUAUAACAAUGUAAUGACAGAAAAGCAGUACACUGUGUCUUACUGUAGUUUUAGCAUGACAGUAAACACCUUCCUUUCUGAAGGAAAUCACUCCAUUUUCUUUCACAGUGCUACCAGCCGGAGUAGUGACGUGAUACAGCCAAUAUAUGUUAUCAUUCAGGCACAGCUGCACUUUUUGUACCACCAGGAAGAUCACUUAUAUCAAUGUUAACAGCUAGCAUGCUUUUUAAAGUGAUUUAAAAAAAACGAACAUUUGUUUUAAAUUCAGCUGAUGCUUAUUAAGAUAAGUACUUGUUUUUUAACAAAGUGAUUUUGGGCUCUGAUUAAAAAUGUUGGUGUCCAAUAACACUAGCUGAGACACAAUUUGGUUAUAAAUAAAUCUAAAAAUGUAAUGUUCCUCUUUAAAUUAGCAUGUGUCCUACUAUGUGUGUGCAUUCAUGAUAUUUAAAUAAAGACAGGAUGCAUGGCAUGGAUGUUAUUAGAUUCAUAGCACAGUUGUAAUGAUAGCAAGUGAUAUUUAUUGCAAACAGAACGCACCAAGGUCUUGAUUUCUGUAAAACAUUUAUUAGUAGACACAGAAAGAUGGUGGUGACGAAUGGAAAUAGGUUCUUAAAUUCUAAUUUGAAGCUACUUGAGGGCCCUGCUAUGAGAUACAGAAAUGACCAAAAUGAAAAUAAAACACUUAACAAUCCAUGUGGUAUGAGUGUUC